AUGCAGUUUUCAAUCAUUGGUAUCACUGAGACUUGGCUAAAAGAAUCGUCGCAUUUAGUGGACAUUGACGGGUAUACAUUUAUUCAUAAUCGAUGUAAUAACAGACGCGGAGGUGGUACAGGCUUGUACAUAUCUAAUAAUCUCCAAUUUAAAUUACGUCCUGAUUUAACAUUUGAUGAUGACACAACUGCUGAAUCAACGUUUAUUGAGAUUAUAAAACCUAGAGGGAAUACCAUUGUGGGUGUUGUAUAUCGAGCACCAGACCAUAACAUUGAUGUAUUUCUAAAGAAUUAUAAUGAAUUAUCCUAUACAAAUCUCUAG